AUGAAAAAUACUACUAUGGUGAAGGAAUGGAAGGAAAGAUCUCUCGUAAUCUACUUCAAAAUAUGUCUUUACGCUGGAGACACAUGCUCACGAGCACAGGAAGCGCUCUCGCAAUCGCUAAGAUUCCUCGAUUCGGUGGGAUAUCAUGAGCCGAAAGAAUGUCGAACUGAAAAUGCAGGAGCAAAACUUUUAGGCUUAAUAUCACCGAAAGACUACAUUUCCUCCACAUCGGUAGCAACGAUGCUUUCUGUUGCUGAGUUGCCAGUGGCUGCAUACUCCAGCCAAGCAGUUAAUGCACUAAUUGAGAUGGAAGUGCCAAAUAUCAUAGCUACAACACCGACAAUGGAAGUUUACGUUGAGGCUUUGACUAAGUGAGC